UUUUAUUUCAGCUGCCAUUGUUGUUGAUCUUCAAAUUUCAAAUCUUCGCAACGCAAGGCAAGGCUGUUCUUUCUUCUUUGUUACAACUCUAAUUUUCCAUUCCAAUUGCAAUCUCUAAACGUUGAUUUUAUAAUAAAUUUGCUCCUCUGCAAUCAGGAAUUAUGUCUUUUGGAUGGAAUUUGCAAGCACCCGGACAUGAUUUACAUGGUGUUUAUUGGUCCACCUGUGAUGGAAACAACUUCAACAAUGGCAACCGGAAACGAAGCAGGAUCAGCUAUUAUCAUGGGAAUUCUAACAUUCAUAAUAAUUACUGGGCAGAACACGGUGUCUAUUCUAAUGUUUACCACUUUGAUUAUGGUAAUCAUUUUCAGUGUGAUGCAGACCCGUUAUCUUUGAAAAGGAGAAAACAUUCAUCUCCUAUUUGUGAAAACAACCAGAAAUACUAUCUUCCAUCUACUGUCCAAGGCAAUAUCCCUUCAUCUGUUAACUUCCAAGCAUCUCCCACAAGAUCCAAUGUUGAUACCUCUGUAUCACCUAUCUGUAAGCUUGAUUGUUCUAUAUUUGAAGAUAAAGAGCUGGUGUUUAUGUCAAGGGAUGAGAUUGAUAGAUGUUCUCCAUCAAGAAAAGAUGGUAUUGAUGUACUUCGUGAGAGACACUUGCGCUACUCUUACUGUGCCUUCCUUCAAAAUCUUGGGAUGUGGCUCAACUUGCCUCAAACUACCAUUGGGACAGCCAUGGUUCUGUGCCACCGGUUUUUUGUUCGACGAUCACAUGCUUGCCAUGACAGAUUUUUGAUUGCUACUGCUGCCCUUUUUCUUGUUGGAAAGUCAGAGGAAACACCGUGUCCUUUGAAUAAUGUGUUGCAAGCAUCCAGUGAAAUCUUACAUGAACAAGAUUUUACUUUGCUGUCCUAUCUGCUUCCUGUUGGUUGGUUUGAAAAGUAUCAUGAUCGAGUGCUUGAGGCAGAGCUGUUGUUGCUUACUACUCUAAAUUUUGAACUCAAUGUGGAGCAUCCUUAUACAUCUCUUACAUCUGUCCUUAACAAAUUAGACCCAUCAAAGACUGUUUUGGUGAAUCUGGCAUUAAACUUGAUCAGCAAAGGGCUUCAGAGCUCUCUAUGGCUUCAGUAUAAACCACAUCAUAUUGCUGCUGGAGCUGCAUAUCUUGCUUCAAUGUUUCUCAAGAUUGAUCUUACUGCUUAUCACAAUAUCUGGCAAGAGUUUGAGGCAACACCAUCCAUUCUUCGAGAUAUCUCGCAGCAAUUAAUGGAGCUCGUUUAAAUGUAUAAAGAAUGUGAUGUGAUCAUAGUGACUUCUGGAUUCAAUGUACAUAGUAUAUUUGGCGCUGUAUUCUGUUUUAAAAAAUGCCUAAGGCAACCAUUACACAGAGAAUUCUGUGCUGUUUAUGUUCUAGUUUGAUAUAUAAUUCGGACUACAUGCUGAGGGGUUGUGACCUAUAGUUCAGUGUUUCAAGUCCAUAAGUGUGUGCUCAAAUCUCAAUCUUGUGUUAUCCUUUGUAUUCAUUUAGUUGAUGCCUUCUGAUCUCAUGUUAAGUAUAUACCGACAACGUGGCCAAGUUUAGUGGAGCAUUUGCAUUU